AUGCCAACCCUUAAUUUAAAAAAUAUCACCAUCAAAGAAAAACAAGAUAAAAACUUUAACCCUUAUUACCUAAUUGUUGAUAAUGACACCAAUAACGCUUAUUUUUGCUUUUCUGGCGCGGUCAAAAGUGGCUGGGAGGACCUAAUUGCGGAUUAUGAAAAGAUAACCGAAGUAGAAUUAGAAUUUGAAACCAACGAACGCGGGAACAAUAAAGCCUUAAAAUUCCCUUUAAAAUUAUUAAUUGGGUUAAGAAAGAAAAAGUCCCCAAGAACCAAAUUAGAACAAAAAUGCCACCAACAU